AUGUUAACCUAAGGAGCAAUUGACUUUAUAUUCAGAGAUUCUCCAGUUCCUUUGUAUGUGCAGGUCUAAACUUCAGCGAAAUAUUCAUUUUUACAAGAUGAAGAACGAGUAAUAAACUAAUGCUAUAUCUAUGAUGGAAUACAAAGAAGAUAAAUUAAAAUCAAAAGCCAAUACACAUUUUUUUUAUAAUAAGAAUAACCAUAAAUCUAAAUAAGGAGAUUAGGGUAUCUUAAUGGAGAGAGGUGUAUUGAAGAAUAUUGCGUACUAUAUUAAUAAUUGAUUCCAUACAACAUUAAUUAGUAUUAUUAUCUGAAACCAGUUAUAUUCUUCACCCCAAAUAUGGUAAACAAGUUUGGUUUCAUAAAUAAUUGUAGAAUCAAUAUAAAAGGAAAAUUAAAUAAAACAUUUAAAUAAUACAAGGCUUCUAAUCUGAGCUCAUUUAAGAUCGCUACAAUUUUAGAUUGCUUAAGUGAAUAGAGAGCUACAAUUAUGUCAUUCCAGAGUGAUUGGAAUGGAGGAGUUGACCUCAGACUUGAUGAUAUUGGGGAAAAUCAAGAAUGUGUCUAUCUAAAUAUUCUUACCUACGAAUACUCUGAUCCUGAUGGAAAGAAUGAAAUUAGAUAUAGAAUUGAUAAAGAAACCUAAAUCUUCCCUCUCACUAUUAGUUGGACUGAGUAUAAUCAAAUAAAUGUUUAGAAUUUAGGAAGGAUAUUCAAUGUUUUUGGUCUUAUCUUUAAGAUUAGAAAUAUUCAGGGAAAUGGUUAUCAAGAAAUUACUAUUGUUAAUUUCUAAAAGUAAAAAGUAAAAGUGAUCAUCUAAUUACCUUUUGCUUAAGAGUUUUAACUGGAGAAAAAUAAAUGGGCAGGUUUCAGGAUGGUAAAAGUUAUUCAGAAACACAAUUCUUGUUUUGCUCUCUCAUUCAACGAUGAAUCGAAAUUGUGCAAAGAUACUUAAGUAGAACCACCGAUAGAUUUUCAAAAUUAAUCUCCCCCUCUUCCUCAUGUUGGAGUAAUUGAAUUACCAAUUACAAAUACUGCUUAAGUUUUAGAAAAUACAAAAAAUAAUAAAUAUUUUAGAAUUUAAACCAAAGUUCAAUAAAUUAAAUUAAUUAAUCUUGAUAAUGAGUAUGCCAUUAAAGUUCUAUUUGAGAAUGAUUUAUCUGCUAUUGUUAAAAAAAGGAAGUAUAUCAUACGAAUCUUAGGUACAUCGAUACAGAAAAUUUAAGCGAAUAUUUAAACAGUCUUUAAAGUGAUCAAUUGA